UUGGCAGGUCCUGCAGGCUCGGAGCAAGUGUGUGAUGGCGGGACGGCAGUGCGGGAGGUGGGAACAUGGGCCCCGCAAAGCGAGAAGCAAGAGGGGACCUGGGCUGAGGAAGCUCGGGAGGAAAGUGCCAGUCCGGCCAUAGAGAGAACCAUUCCUAUUAUAAAGAGGAGCCAGAAGACAAGACUGGACAUCUUAGAAGAUCUCAAAACCAUGGCUCAGGGUUCUGUGUCCUUCAAAGAUGUGACUGUGGACUUCACUCAGGAGGAGUGGCAGUACCUAGAUCCUGCUCAAAAGACUCUAUAUAUGGAUGUGAUGUUGGAAAAUUACUGCCACCUCGUUUCUGUAGGGUGUCACGUGACUAAACCUGAUGUAAUCCUCAAACUAGAACGAGGAGAAGAGCCAUGGACAUCACUUACAGGUCAUACCUAUUUAGAAAACUGGAAAGCUGGUGACUUUUUAAUGAAAUUCAAGGAACACCAUGAUAAGUAUUCUAGUUCAAUUGUAUGUAUUAACCACAGAAAACUGAUUAAGGAGAACUGUCAUUUAUAUGAAAAGACGCUUACUUUGGGGAAAACUGUUAGUUCAAAAAAUGCCCCUAUUGAAUAUAACACUCAUGGAAAUAUUUUUAAAAAUGUUUCAGAAUUAAUUAUUAAUAAUUUGAAUCCUGCAAGAAAAAGACUUAGUGAGUAUAAUGAAUAUGAGCUACCACUCCUUAGUACUAAGCCAGAGACAGUUCACCCUGGAGUCAAAUGCCAUAAUCAACAUGGCAGGGCUCUCAGUCAUAAUGAUAUGCUUAUCCAGUGUCAUACGAUGGAAACUCCAACACAGUCAUUUGAAUAUAAUGACAGUGAUAAAUAUGUCCUUAAACAUGGAGACUCAAUUAUAUAUAAUAAAGCAUACAACUGGGAAAAUCCAUCUGAAUGUAAUAAAAGAAGACCAACCAACACUGAAAAAAAUCAUACAUGCACUGAAUGUGGGAAGUCCUUCUGUAGGAAAUCAGUAUUGAUUCUGCACCAGGGAAUUCACACAGAGGAAAAACCCUAUCAAUGCCAUCAAUGUGGAAAUGCCUUUAGAAGGAAGUCAUAUCUCAUUGAUCAUCAAAGAAUGCACACAGGAGAGAAACCCUUUGUUUGUAAUGAAUGUGGUAAGUCCUUCCGCCUCAAGACAGCCCUCACUGAUCAUCAAAGAACGCAUACAGGGGAGAAAUCAUAUGAAUGUCCACAAUGUAAAAAUGCCUUUAGACUGAAGUCACACCUCAUUCGUCAUCAAAGAACUCAUACAGGAGAAAAACCAUAUGAGUGUAAAGACUGCGGGAAGUCCUUUUGCCAAAAGACAACACUCUCCCUCCAUCAGAGAAUUCAUACAGGAGAGAAGCCCUAUAUUUGUAAAGAAUGUGGGAAGUCCUUCCAUCAGAAGGCAAACCUUACUGUACAUCAAAGAACUCAUACAGGGGAGAAGCCCUAUUUUUGUAAUGAAUGUGGAAAAUCUUUCUCCCAGAAAACAACACUGGCUCUUCAUGAGAAAACUCAUAAUGAAGAGAAACCUUAUAUUUGUAAUGAAUGUGGUAAGUCCUUUCGCCAGAAGACAACCCUGGUUGCACAUCAGAGAACGCAUACAGGGGAAAAAUCCUAUGAAUGUCCCCACUGUGGGAAGACCUUUAGAAUGAAAUCAUACCUCAUUGAUCAUCACAGAACUCACACAGGAGAGAAACCUUAUGAAUGUAAUGAGUGUGGAAAAUCCUUCAGUCAGAAGAGAAAUCUCAACUUACACCAGAGAAUACACACAGGGGAGAAACCCUAUAUUUGUAAUGAAUGUGGUAAGUCUUUUCGUCAGAAAGCAACCCUCACUGUACAUCAGAAAAUACAUACAGGACAGAAAUCCUAUGAAUGUCCUCAGUGUGACAAAGCCUUUAGCAGGAAAUCAUACCUCAUUCACCAUCAAAGAACACAUACAGGAGAGAAACCAUAUAAGUGUAAUGAAUGUGGGAAGUGCUUUCGUCAUAAGCCAAAUCUCAUCGUACAUCAGAGAACUCACACAGGAGAGAAACCCUAUAUUUGUAGUGAGUGUGGAAAGUCCUUCAGUUAUAAGAGAAGUCUCAUUGUCCAUCAGAGAACUCACAAGGGAGAAAACAUGGUAAAGCAAUGAGUGAUGCAACUUGUUUUUGAAGAAUGUGUUCAUGUUAAUGUAACUUUUACUUUUUUAAAACAAACAUAUUUAAACCUGUUACAGGGUAAUUAUUAUUUCAAAUGUAAUAUCAGGCAUUAAUUUAAACUAAUACACCAUAGAACAGCUGCUCAGUAUCAUAUAAAUUAGGUGUAUUUGUUAUUCAAUUCAGCAGUGAAGUGUUUUUUUUUUAACUUAAUGGGGGGAGUUGAAGGUUUACAAGACAGUUGUUGAUACAUACUUGUUUAAUUUUACAAGUACUCCUACAUGCUCAGUUUAUUUGUAACAGAAGAACAGAUUAAAGAUAGAAAAUUACUGUUGACUAUAAAACAUUAAUCCCCAAUAAAGAAAUUAAAAAAAAAAAAUGGAUAUAAAAAAUCAUCUACACAAGGAAAGAAAACAUGAACUAUAUUUUUCACUGGCCUAUGGAUUAAGAGAUACUUGUUACUUCCCCUAAACAUUACCACUUCCCUGGUUUAUAAUGAAAUAGUUUUUAACAUGUUCUCAUACACCAUGAAUCAUUUUCUUUUAUUUCACUCAUUUUCAAGAUUCAUAACUUAUUCCAUGUGUCACUAAUGUAGUCAUUUUCAUUCUCUAUACUAUACAAUUUUUAAGAAUACACCACGAUUGGGGUGGGGAGACAGCACAAUGCUUAUGCAACAGACUUUUAUGCCUGAAGUUCAAGGUCCCAGGUUCAAUCCCCAGCACCACCUGAACAGCACUCUGGUGUGUCUUCUUUCAUUAAAAAAAAAAACAAAAAACUACUGUUAGCCUAUUGAUGAAUGUUUGUAUUUUUGUAAUUUUGUAGCAUAAUAAAAUAUUGAUAUAUUUUGU